AUGUCCAGUGAACGCAUCAAUUUUUGUUUGGUUUCAAGCGAUUCAAAAUUGUAUGCAAUGGGCGGCGAUAAUACUAAAGGAAGAUCUAAAAGUGUUGAAACAUACGAUACGAUAACAAACAAUUGGAAAUYAAUUUCAUCGAUGAAUAUAAUAAAAGAUGAUUUUAGUGCUGCCGUAAUUAAUAAUACUAUUUAUGUUUGCGGAGGAUUUAAUGGUCAAGUUUUAAAAUCAUGUGAAUAUUAUUCAACAAAUGAUUGGCAGUUAACAACACCGAUGACUAUUGAAAGAUAUGGUUUAGGAYUGGUAUCACAUGAGGGUCUACUGUAUGCUAUUGGAGGCGACAAUGGAAAUGGAUAUAUGAAUUCAAUGGAUAKRUUUGAUACACAAACAAAACAAUGGACACCCAGAGCUAGYAUGCAAUCGCCAAGGUUAUUGUAA